ACGUGGGUGACGUCAUGACGUCGUUGGUAGUAUGAAAAUUAUGUCAGAGUGAUACAUCUCGACCUCUUACCUAAUUUCCAGCUCACACAUAGCCUUUUGACCUCAUCCCCCUGAAGCAACAACAUGUUCGCCGUCAGAAACUCGCUGCGUCUUUGCUCCAGGUUAUCUAACCUGGCUGUGGUGAAGCGAGGAUGCGCUGGAGCUUCCAUCCCAGUUGACGACGUUGUGAACGGACUCACAGAUGAGCAGAUUCAGUUAAGGCAGUCAGUUCGUAAAUUCUGCUCAGAAAAGCUUGCUCCUUAUGCAGAUGACAUCGACAAGAACAAUGCGUUUCCAGAAAUGCGGGAAUAUUGGAAAGCAAUGGGGGACAUGGGACUGCUUGGUAUCACAGCUCCAGUGGAGGAAGGCGGUACAGGACUGGGCUACCUGGAUCACGUCAUCGUCAUGGAGGAGAUGUCCCGGGUGUCUGCAGCCAUCGCUCUCAGCUACGGCGCUCACUCCAACCUGUGCGUCAACCAGCUGGUGCGUCACGCCAACCGCCAACAAAAGGAGAAGUACAUGCCUAAGUUACUGUCAGGAGAGCACGUGGGAGCGCUGGCCAUGAGCGAGCCCAACGCCGGGUCAGACGUUGUGUCCAUGAAACUCCGAGCCACAAAGUCAGGCGACCAUUAUGUUUUGAACGGCAACAAGUUCUGGAUCACAAACGGGCCGGACGCAGACGUGCUGAUCGUGUACGCCAAGACGGACCCCGGUGCCUAUCAAAAAGGAAUCACCGCUUUUAUUGUGGAAAAGGGCAUGGCAGGAUUCUCCACCGCUCAGAAACUAGAAAAACUCGGAAUGAGGGGGUCCAACACCUGCGAGCUGGUCUUUGAAGACUGCAAAGUUCCAGAGGAGAACGUGCUGGGUCCACUAAACAAAGGCGUCUAUGUGAUGAUGAGUGGCUUGGAUCUGGAGAGGCUGGUGCUUGCAGCCGGACCUGUUGGCAUCAUGCAGGCGGUUUUGGACAACGCGAUUCCCUACAUGCACGUCAGAGAAGCAUUUGGACAAAAAAUCGGACACUUUCAGCUCAUGCAAGGCAAGAUGGCCGACAUGUACACCAGGCUGAGCUCGUGUCGGCAGUAUUUGUACAACGUCGCUCGAGCUUGUGACAGAGGACACUUUAGUGCAAAGGACUGUGCAGGAGUGAUCUUGUACUGCGCUGAGAAUGCUACUCAAGUUGCUUUGGAUGGAAUUCAGUGUUUGGGUGGAAACGGCUACAUCAAUGACUACCCGAUGGGCCGCUUCCUGCGAGAUGCCAAGCUGUAUGAGAUCGGUGCAGGAACUAGCGAGGUCCGCAGGCUGAUCAUCGGACGCGCCUUCAACUCCAUGUUCAAAUAGAUUUCAGUGAGAACGAGUGGAGUGGUUUGGAGUGGUUUGUCAUACCCGUGACCUUACUACAGAAACCCCUGAUGAAGCUGGGAUUAUACAGAAACACAUUUAGGAGUGAUCAGUAUCAGCCGGUCACUAAAUAUCAGCAGAUGUUAAGCGGUCUUCACUCUGAAAGUUGCUGAAAAGCUCCAAAUUUGGAUGCCACAUCUAAUCAGUAAUGUGUGUUCAUUGAAACGCUCCUGAAAUGGGUUCAUUCUUGACCGACUGAUUGAAUUUUGUGACUUUGGAGGCGGCACUUGUGUCAUCACUGUUUUUCCAUUCAUAAUCACACAAACUGUUUCGAAACAGCCUUAUUUUACUCGUCUGAUUCUGAAAUAUUCCAUUGUAAUUAUGUGACUGUGAUAAAUAAGUGUACUUUAUGCCUCUGUAAACGUUAGUAGAAAUCCUCCACAACCUGUUUCUCUCAACUCUGUCAUCACGUAGCUGUACAGUAAAAUAAAAAAGUAUAGAAUUAUAGUUUUGUUUGCAAUAAAAUAAAUGCUUGACUUUUG